AUCGAUUACGUUAUCAGCACGUGCAACGGGAAGAGCCGUUUGACUUUGUUUACGUUUUUAUUUGUGAAAAGAAUUAUUGAAUAAUGGACAAAAUGAAAGAUUAUCCAGUGCUGACAAAUUCACGACCCGAAUUCAAGCAAAUACCAAAAAAGCUAAAUAAGCAUCUAGCGAAUUUGGGUGCACCGCAUGUGGACUCUUUCGAUGAAAUGUUAAGUGUCGGCUUGGGGCAUGUGGCCAAACAUAUAGUGCCACAGUAUUUGCAAACACCUGCCGGCGAGAGGAUUUGGAUAACUAUUGACAGCAUUUCCAUAAGCAAGCCACAGGUGCCGAUGGACGUGAUUGACGUGCGCACACGUGAAAUAUAUCCAACAGAUGCUCGACAAUUGCACGCUUCCUACUCGGGCAUGUGCUCGGUGCGGCUUGCCUGGUCUGUGAAUGAACUAGAAAAACCCUCCAUCAAUAUAGAUCUAGGCGAAGUGCCAGUCAUGCUCCGUUCAAAAGCCUGCAACUUGGGCAGCGCAUCGCCCGCGGAGAUGGUGAAGCAUGGCGAACACGACAGCGAAUGGGGCGGUAUUUUCAUCAUACGCGGCAAUGAGAAAAUCGUUCGCAUGCUCAUCAUGACGCGACGCAACUAUCCGAUCUGUGUGAAGCGCUCCUCGUGGAAGGAUCGCGGUCACAAUUUCAGCGAACUAGGCAUCAUGGUGCAGACAGUGCGAGACGAUGAGAUGUCCUUUACUAAUGUGUUGCACUAUCUUAACAAUGGCACCGCUCGUUUCAUGUUCUCGCACUACAAACGGCUGUCUUAUAUACCCGUUUGUCUCAUACUCAAGUGUCUCAUGGACUACACAGACGAGCAGAUAUAUAAUUGUCUGGUUCGGGGUUACGAAUCGGAUCAAUACUAUUUGACCUGUGUGCAGAGCAUGCUACGUGAAGUGCAGAACGAGGGCGUCUACACAUCGGCCCAAUGUCGCUCAUUCAUCGGCACGCUGUUUCGGUCACGUUUCCCCGAGGUACCGGAGUGGCUGCCAGAUGAGGCAGUAACGGAAUUUAUCAUGCGCGAACGCAUUAUGGUCCAUUUGAACACUAAUGAGGAGAAGUUCCAGCUAAUCGUGUUCAUGGUGCAAAAGCUAUUCCAAUGCGCUCAGGGAAAAUACAAGGUUGAAAAUGUCGACUCAGCGAUGAUGCAAGAAGUUCUGCUGCCCGGACAUCUCUAUCAAAGAUACCUGUGUGAACGCCUUGAGAUGUGGCUAAUGUAUCUGCGUAAAUGUCUGCAAAAGAAGCUCAAUACCCCGGACUCGCUGGUGAGCAGCAGCAUCAUGACACAGUGCAUGCGACAGGCGGGAGGUAUUGGCCGAGCCAUUGAAUCCUUUCUGGCCACGGGCAACAUAGCCUCACGCAGUGGCCUGGGUCUGAUGCAGAGCACUGGUCUUGUAAUAAUGGCCGAGAAUAUCAAUCGCAUGCGGUACAUGUCCCAUUUUCGCGCUAUCCAUCGUGGCUCCUAUUUCACAACUAUGCGAACUACAGAGGCACGCCAGCUUCUUCCCGAUGCAUGGGGCUUCAUUUGCCCAGUGCACACGCCCGAUGGAACGCCCUGUGGUCUUCUUAACCAUUUGACCCUGACUUGCGAAAUAUCCAAGCGUCCGGAUCCCAAACUGGUGCAAGCUAUUCCAGCUAUGCUCUUAGAAAUGGGAAUGAUACCCUUAUCACAGCAAGCCCAGCCAGAUGCUAAGCUGUAUGUGGUAUUCCUGGAUGGUAAGCACUUGGGUCACAUAUUCCAGACCGAGGCUAACAAAAUAGUGGAGAUGUUGCGUUAUGCCAAAAUAACGGGUAAAGUUCCCGAAAUGAUGGAAAUCGGUUUUAUACCCUAUAAGAAAAAUGGCCAGUUCCCUGGUCUGUUUCUUUGCACGGGCCCCACACGUAUGAUGCGUCCCGUAUGGAAUCUUAAAUGGCGGCGUGUCGAAUACAUUGGCACACUGGAGCAACUGUAUAUGGAAAUAGCCAUAGACGAGAAGGAAAUGUAUCCGGACUUUACCACACAUCUUGAAUUGUCGAAAACUCACUUCAUGAGCAAUUUGGCCAACUUGAUACCCAUGCCGGACUACAAUCAAUCGCCCCGUAACAUGUACCAGUGUCAGAUGGGCAAGCAGACGAUGGGUACGCCCUGUCUAAACUGGUCCAAGCAGGCAGCCAACAAGCUCUACCGCUUGCAGACACCAGCGACACCGCUGUUCCGUCCGGUACACUAUGACAACAUAAACUUGGAUGACUUUGCCAUGGGCACUAAUGCGAUUGUGGCUGUCAUUUCAUACACUGGCUAUGACAUGGAGGACGCCAUGAUUAUCAAUAAGUCAGCCUACGAGCGUGGAUUCGCCUAUGGCAGCAUCUAUAAAUCCAAGUUUGUGCAGCUGUCCAAGAAGCAAAGCUAUUUCGCGCGCCAUCCGCAUAUGCCGGAACUGAUCAAGUACUUGGAUACUGAUGGACUGCCGCAUCCGGGCACCAAGUUAAGCUAUGGUUCGCCUCUAUACUGUUACUUCGAUGGCGAGGUCUCCACAUUCAAAGUGGUAAAAAUGGAUGAGAAGGAGGAGUGCAUUGUGGACAGCGUGCGGCAGUUGGGCAGCUUUGAGGUAAUGCCUCGCAAGACCGUGUGCAUAACGCUGCGUGUUGCACGUCCAGCAACGAUUGGCGACAAGUUCGCCUCGCGUGCCGGACAAAAGGGUAUCUGCUCGCAGAAAUAUCCCGCUGAGGAUUUGCCGUUCACCGAAUCCGGACUUAUACCUGAUAUUGUGUUCAAUCCCCACGGUUUCCCCUCACGUAUGACAAUCGCUAUGAUGAUCGAAACGAUGGCGGGCAAAAGCGCUGCCCUCCAUGGCGGUGUCUACGAUGCAACGCCGUUUCGCUUCUCCGAGGACAACACAGCCAUAGAUUACUUUGGCAAAAUGCUGGAGGCUGGAGGCUAUAACUAUUACGGCACAGAGCGUCUAUACUCUGGAGUCGAUGGACGCGAAAUGACAGCGGAUAUAUUCUUUGGCGUGGUGCACUAUCAGCGACUGCGUCACAUGGUCUUCGAUAAGUGGCAAGUGCGAUCGACGGGCGCCGUUGAGGCACGCACCAAUCAGCCGAUCAAGGGACGCAAGCGUGGUGGUGGCGUACGUUUUGGAGAGAUGGAACGCGACGCCUUGAUUUCGCACGGUGCGUCAUUCCUACUGCAGGAUCGACUCUUUCACAAUUCGGACAAAACGCACACAUUGGUAUGCCACAAAUGCGGCAGCAUCUUGGCGCCGUUGCAGCAGAUCAUCAAGCGCAACGAGACAGGCGGCUUGUCCUCCAUGCCAGAGACGUGUCGCCUUUGCGGCGACAGCAGCAGUGUCUCCAUGAUCGAAAUACCCUUCUCGUUCAAGUUUCUGGUCACCGAGCUGAGCUCCGUCAAUAUAAAUGCCAGAUUCAAGCUGAAUCAAAUUUGAGCUUAGUUAAUCAAUUGUUGACAUACUUAUUGCAUAUUAUACCCAUACCUAUUCAUUAUUUGUAAUAAAGUUACGAGAUAUGAAUGUCUCCUAUAUUGCAUUCCU